AUGCACGAUACUGACGCCGAAGUCGAAAGACGACGAGAAGCUGAAGCCCGCCAAAAGUACGGCCGUGGCCAGAGAGUGCGAACAAAAAGCAUUAGGGACAAAAAACUGCGUGAGACUCUAAAACGUGUAGAGGAGAAGAAUAAGAAGGCCAUACUGGCAGCAAGAGAUGCAGAGAUCCUGCAGGAGCACGAUGCUGGAUUCUUGGAGCCCGAAGGCGAGAUAGAAAGAACGUACAAAGUCAAGCAAGAUGAAAUACAACGAAGCGUAUCCACGGAGACAGGAAAGAAGGGAUUCAAGCUCGAUUUACCUAUGGGUCCGUAUCUUGCGGAGUACACUCGAAACGGAAAAGAAUUGCUUCUUGCUAGCAAAACUGGUCAUGUUGCGACAAUGGAAUGGAGGAAUGGCAGAUUGGGCUGCGAAAUCAACCUUAAAGAAAUGGUUCGAGAUGUUAAAUGGCUACACAAUAAUCAGUCGUUCGCUGUUUCACAGAAAGACUGCGUCUACAUAUAUGACCGUCAAGGCGUUGAAAUCCAUAAGCUCAAAAAGCAACAUGAGGUCUCACACAUGGAAUUCUUGCCGUAUCAUUUUUUACUUUGCACUACGAAUCCGAAGGGUCAUCUGAAGUAUGUUGACACUUCUAUCGGUCAUAUCGUCUCUGAGAUCUCUACCCACCUCGGACCUACCACUGCAAUGUGCCAAAAUCCUUGGAAUGCGAUUCUACACAUGGGCCAUGGCAAAGGCCAGAUAACACUUUGGUCACCGAACUCCUCAACGGCUCUUGCGAGGAUACAGGCACACCGUAGUAGCAGUCCCAUUAAUACUGUGGCUGUCGAUCGCGCCGGAAAAUACAUGGUAUCUGGGGCUCAAGACGGAACUCUGAGCGUGUGGGACAUUCGAAACUACAAGAGACCAGUCGACAGCGACUAUUUCACACAUAGGCCAGCUUCGAGUGUAGCUAUUAGUGACAAAGGGCUUGUAGCCGUUGGAUGGGGCACUCAGGUAUCAAUAUGGCGGGACAUUUUUGGCAAGAUGAAGAUUAAAAACCCAUAUAUGAGUUGGGGUGGUGAAGGUCAGAGCGUAUCCCGCAUCAGGUGGUGUCCAUUCGAGGAUAUUCUCGGAAUAGGUCAUUCUGCAGGCUUCAGCAGCGCCAUUGUUCCCGGUGCCGGCGAGCCAAACUUUGACGCCUUAGAGGUAAACCCUUACGAAAACGUUAAGCAACGGCAGGAAACAGAAGUCAGAUCUCUCCUCAAUAAGUUACAACCUGAGAUGAUCUCACUAGAACCCGACUUCAUCGGAAACCUGGAUCUGGCAUCAGCAGAACAGCGCGCCCGUGAAAGAGACUUGGAUCGCAAACCAGAUGAUAUAGUAGCGAAACUGACGAAGAAGGCUCGAGGAAGGAAUUCUGCAUUGAAAAAGCAUAUGCGCAAGAAGGGCCAGCAGAACGUAAUCACUUACGACAAGUUGCGACUGCAAGAUGCAAUACAGGCAAAUAAUGCAAAGGCAAAGGAGAAUAAGGAAAGAGAGCUGGAGAGAUAUGGUCCAGCACUCGCUAAAUUUGCCACGAACGGCAAAUGA